ACAAAUUGGCAACCCUAGUAGCAUUACAUUGCACAUGAACACUCCGAUUCCAAUUCCCAACCCAACAUGGAACCCUCCAACACAGACAAAGGACGCUUCAUUGUCUCAUGCUUCCUCAUUCUAAUCUUCCUCUUCAUGCUAGCCUCCAACCAAGUUCCACCACACACUUCAAUUCUCUCCAACAAACUCUCUCCUACAACCGCGACCAACACUUCCUCCGACAACAACCUACGAAUUCUCAUAGGCAUCCUCACUCUCCCCGACCACCACCUCCGCCGCCACCUCCUCCGCCUCGUCUACGGCACGCAACCGCCACCUCCCGGCGCCAUAGUCGACGUAAAAUUCGUAUUGUGCAACCUCACAAAGGAGGAGCAGAAAGUUCUAGUAGCACUUGAGAUCAUGCGCUACGACGACAUCAUAAUCCUCGACUGCGAAGAAAACAUGAACAACGGGAAAACCCUAACCUACUUCUCGAGCCUCCCCGAGCUGUUGAACGACACCGCUUCGCCUCCUUACCACUACGUGGUGAAAGCCGACGAUGACACGUAUUUGAGGUUGAACAGUUUGGUGGAGUCGCUGAAACCGUUGCCGAGGGAAGAUUUGUACUAUGGCUAUGUCAUACCGUGCGGGAGCAUGGACCCUUUUGUGCGCUACAUGUCGGGGAUGGGGUACUUGGUGUCGUGGGACAUUGUGGAGUGGAUAAGGGAUACGGAUAUUCCGAGGAAAGGGUUUGAAGGUCCUGAGGAUAAGGUUUUCGGAGAAUGGAUGCGUGAGGGUCGUAAAGGUAUGAACAGGCACAAUGCUAAGUGGUCUAUGUAUAAUUUUCCUGAGCCUCAUACCAAGUGUUCUCACGAGCUUUGGCCUGAUACCAUCGCGGUUCACUUGUUGAAGAAUCAGGAGAAGUGGGUUCGGACUCUUAAGUAUUUCAAUGUCACUCGUCAUUUGAAAUGGUCCAAGUUUUAUCAUAUAGCUUAGUGUGUGUGUUUAGAUCAGUUUAAAAUCACGAUCCAACAUUUUCAAACACAGUCUUAAUGGUUUUCCUUGGAUAUUGAAGCCGUGAAGCCACAAGUAUCUCUGAAUUUACUAAACUAAAAACUAAUCUCUCUUGCAGUGAUAUGAGUGUUGCUAGCACAAUGAGUGUUUUCGCACACCACAAGAAUUGAAUACAGAUUCCUUGCUACAUAAACCGUCCCACAGUGUGUAAAUGGCAUGGUGACUAAUCAGUAUUUCAGUUUUCAAUCCAUCGGGUUAUAUAGCUUAUUCGUUUGCUAAAUAAA